AUGUCCUUCACAACACAGUUUCAGGCCCGCGGGGCGUUCGACCUCGACUCCUCGACGAGACCCGGGCAACCACUGCACGCCGAUGUCUUCCGUCCGCCUCCGUCGCCAUCCACAUCGAGCUAUAACCUCGCCAAGUCAACCGGCAGUCUCUUUUCGGAUAUCUCCAUGUCGACGGCGCAGCCCACUGGCACGGCAAAGCGGAAACGGACGACGACCAGAGAGUCGACCCCCAUGGACUGGCACAUGAGUAUGGAGGGUGCACACGACGGUCGGGAAGAAGAGCGCUCUCGGGAGUUCAGGAGAGCCCUGGGUCCCAAGGCGGACCCCCCUGCCGAAGGCUCGUAUACCCAACAGCCCGCGAAGGUCGCGGCGACCGCGUCCAGUUUUGCAGGAUGGACCUUGCUUAGCCUGCAGACAAUAGGGGACAUGGUGGGAAAGGUGUGGGAAUUCUGCAAGACCGGCGCAGUUUUCAAGGGCUUCCGAGGGGGAGGCGGCCAAGCGUACGAUGCCAACGGGUCAACGGUUACCGAGACGACGGGGGAGUCAUGGGCCCCGGAGUCCGAUCCGCCGCUCCAUCCUCCAGGAGACUACCCGAUUACAGACCAAGAAGCGCCGGCCUAC